AGUGGGGCCACCGGCCAGUAUAAAUACGCCGUCCGCAGCCGGGAGGAUCAUCACAUCCAUUUCCAUCCUCUCGGCGUAUACACCUCUCUGAGCUCAUCAUGAAGACCGUGUUCAUGGUGCUGGCCGCCGUCGUGUCGGCUGCGGUGGCUGAGGCCCCCGUGGACCGGCAGUACCUGCCGCCGUCGCCCUCCGCACGCUACGGAGCCCCGGCCAUGGGAGGCGCCUUCGGCGCUGGUGGGGCUGGAGGACGUUUCGGAGGCGUCGGUGGACUGUCCACCCAGUACGGAGCACCGGCGGCUUCUGCCGGCUUCGGAAGGGUAGGCGGUGUCUCCACGCAAUACGGCGUCCCGUCGGCCGCAGGAGGCUUCGGUGGAGGCAUCUCUAGAGCUGGUGGUCUCGGAGGCAUCUCCAGAGCUGGUGGACUCGGUGGACUCGGAGGCAUCUCCAGAGCUGGCGGCGCCUUCGGGCGCACCGGCGGCAUCUCCAGUCAGUACGGAGCUCCGUCAGCAUUCGGUGGGUUGGCCGGCGGCAGAGGCCUCGGGGUGGGUGCUCUCUCUGGAGCACGCGGCAUCUCCACCCAGUACGGCGCGCCCUCAGCUCUGGGCGGUGCCUCUGGGUUGGGCGGCGGUCUGGCUGGAGCUGGAGCUGGAGCUAGGGGAAUCUCGACGCAGUACGGCGCUCCGUCCGCGGCAGGUGGCCUGCUGGCUGGAGGCGCUGGAGCCCUGUCCACCCAGUACGGCGCCCCUGGCGCUGCCGGCGGCUUCGGUGGCCUGGGAGCUGCCGGCCGCGGGAUCUCCACGCAGUACGGUGUCCCGGGAGCUGCGGGCUACGGCCGCGGCGGAGCCCAGGAAGACGCACUCUCUGAGCCGGCCAACUACCAGUUCAGCUACUCAGUGCAGGACGCCGCCUCGCUGACCGACUUCGGCCACGAGGAGGCCCGCCAGUAUGAGAGCGCCCAGGGCCAGUACCGCGUGCUGCUGCCCGAUGGCCGCAAGCAGAUCGUUUCCUACGAGGCCGACGAGGGUGGAUACAGGCCUACCAUUGAGUACCAGGAAACCGGACUCACCGCCUAUUCGGCUGGCGGAGCCGGCGGCUACGGAUACGGCAGAGGCGGCGCUGGUGGCGCCGGAAGCGGCAGCGGCAGUGGCGGAUACCACUACUGAGGGGGCCCCACCACAGCACAGUACAAAGCGGAACAGCCCGGCCACUGACCACACGUCCUAGAGGAGUUUCAGAGGACGCAUUCCACAAGAUACGUUUACAAUAGCCACUCCUAUAUGCUUUCCAUGUCUAGUACCCGCUGAAACAAGCCAUUUAGCGACUCUGUUCUUCUAAGUCACUAGUAUUUUGUAGUGAACUCUAUUCUUUAUGAAAAAGUGAUUUCAGUUUUCUCCUCUCCUGUAGUGAAAAACUACUACCGCUACUCAGUAGUACAGCGCAUCUCGUGGAAUAUGUACUCAGAAAGUGAAACGAGCUUAUUUACAUUUUAUACAAAAUAAGUUAUAUUGUUUAUACAGAAAAUUUGUAAUUUAACUCCAAAUAAAUCGAUAAAAAGAA